GAAAAUCCCAGCCCUUUCACACGCACUUCCCACACCCAUCUCCUUACGCACUCUGAUAUAUUCAAGCCUCCCUGACCCACCUUGAACAUUCACCAUCCCACACUCCCUGGCACAUCUCUUUCACCAUCAGCUUCUGUCACCUCUUCCUGGGCAAUAUUCCCAGGCUUUCCCUAAUCCCAGAACUGCAGCCUGUCAUUCACUCCCAACCAUGUCCCUGGGGCCACUGAAAUUCCAGGCAGUAGGGGAAGAAGAUGAGGAGGAUGAGGAAGAAGAGAGCCUGGACUCUGUAAAGGCGCUGACGACCAAGUUGCAGCUGCAGACACGGCGGCCUUCAUAUCUGGAGUGGUCAGCCCGGGUCCAGAGCCAGGCCUGGCGCAAGGCCCAAGCUAGACCCGGACCGGAGGGACCUGGGGCCAUCUGUGGCUUUGACUCAAUGGAAUCUGCCCUUGAGUGGCUCCGACAGGAACUGAGGACAGAGCCCUGCCUUUGCGGGCCACCACUUAAACGGGGGAAGGCAUGGCCUCCCAUACUCUGGGAAUUGCUGUACCCAAAGAUACAAAGGAGAACUGACCACGCUAUAGACAGAGGAGCGGGAGAUGCAGACACAGGACCGCCAGCUGGCAGGGCAGCUGCUUAGACUGCGGGCGCAGCUGCACCGGCUGAAGGUUGACCAAGCCUGUCACCUGCACCAAGAGUUGCUGAACGAGGCCGAGCUGGAGCUGGAGCUGGAGCCUGGGGCCGGCCUGGCCCUGGCCCCGCCUCUGCGGCACCUGGGCCUCACGCGCAUGAACAUCAGCGCCCGGCGCUUCACCCUCUGCUGAGGGCCACCUGCGUGACCCCUGGGCCACCUGCUACCUCAUCCCCUGCCCACCUGGGAAAAGAAAGGGAGGGGUGUCCCAGAGGAGCCAGCACCUGGAAAGGGCGAGGGGAGAGAUGGGGAGAGUCACUCAGUUCUCUGGGAGCAUAAAGCCCCAGCAUCCUGUUGCUCCUGCUGCUGCGCAUGGGGGUGGGGUGGGAGGAAGGGGAGGAGCUCACAGACAGCCCUGCCCCAGGCUCCUCAAUAAACCUCUGCUUCCCAUCAA